GUGUGGCCAAUCGAUCCGUGCGCGUGGCGGCGCCACGCGUCUCGGCUAUCACGUACUCGCGGCGGCUCUACACGGCGCGCGUGCACCGUGGCGCGGCCACCGCAAUUGUAUCGCGCCUUUCGUGUGGAGAAUCGGUAGUUUGGUAUUUACUGGUAUUUUCCGCGCGUUGUUCACGUCCCGAUCGCGACGGUCCCGUCGAAAUGACACGUAGAUCUCUCGCGCGAUAACCGCCUCCGCGAGCCGCCACGAGCCACGCCAUAGUGUUCACUGCUGUAGCGUCAAUCUGCCACGAUCAUGUCCUACCCCGGCCAGCCGCCUAUGGGUAUCCCAGGAAUGCCGCCGAUGCCGUACAUGGUCGGCGCGCCUCCGCCGAUCAUAGGAGGAGUCAUGCCGAUGGCCCACAUGAUUCCAUCACCCGUAUCUGCGAUGCAGACCUCCGCGCCGGCUGUACGUUACUCGCGCAAUCAGAACCGCCACGAUAAUAAUCGGAGGCGCGAGAGGGAGUCCGGCCCGCCCGUCACUGUGUUCAUUGGUAACAUAAUGGACCGAGCGCCCGACGUGAUGAUACGACACAUCCUGGGCGCGUGUGGACACGUGCUCUCCUGGAAGAGGGUACAGGCGUUCGGCUUUUGCGAGUACGCGGGUCCGGACGCGGGCCUUCGAGCGGUCCGCUUGCUCCACGACAUGGAGAUAGGCACGAAGAAGCUCGUCGUCAAGGUGGACGCCAAGGCCAAGGUAGUCCUGGACCAAUUCAAAGCCGAACGAAGGAGGAAACUCAGAGGUGGCCAGUCGCCUCUGCAGGACGAGGCGCCCGGCGAGGGAGUCGACGGCGAAGAGGGCGAGGAUUACAUGGACGAGGGUAUGAGGGUGGUCGACGCGGACGCGCUCGCUCGUAUCAACCAGAUCAUAGCCGAGCACGCUGUAGAUCUAGAAAUGGCGCAGGUUGCCCCAGAGGAACAUCAGACAAAAAUGGUAGCUAAAUCCUUAAACCUGGACGAUACUGAGAUAGAAGAGAGUAAAAGAGACUUGAUUACCCGGGAAAUUGGAAAAUUCAGGGAGGUUAUGAAGAAGCAGGAGGAGGAGAAGGCCCAGGUAAAGCGAAAGAAGGAAGCUGUCGAGAAAGAGGAGCGCGAGAAGCGGGAAAAGGAGCGACGCGAUAAGCGCGACGAUGAUGCCUCCAACAAGGAUGAUCAAGACGGAGACCUUGGUAGUCCUACGUCUCAUAAAGGUCGUAGUGAUAGUACCGGCAGCAGUAGAAGGGACAAACGUCGCUCUAGAUCUAGAUCGAAAGAACGUGACAGAGAUCGAUCGAGAAACGAACGAGACCGAGAUCGAGACAGAGACCGCGAGAGGGACCGAGAGCGGGAGCGGGAACGGGAGCGAGAGCGGGAACGGGAUCGGGAUCGUGAAAGGGAACGCGAGCGGGAACGCGAGCGUGACAGGGAGAAGGAGAGAGAUCGAGAGCGGGAGCGGGAGAGGGAGCGGGAGCGAGAAGAGGUGAGGAAGACCGAGAGAGAAAUUAUGCGCGAGAGGGAGGAGGAGGAGGAGGCAAAGGAGAGGAAGAAGAAUGAGAGGCGAGCCCGAGAGAAGGAGGCGGCGUACCAGGAACGUUUGAGAGCGUGGGAGACACGCGAGCGACGCAAACAGAAGGAGUACGAGAAGGAAGCCGAGAAGCGUCGUGCGAAACGCGAGGCCAGGGAGAGAGAGGCGAAACGACUCAAAGAGUUCCUCGAGGAUUACGACGACGAUCGCGACGACGCCAAGUAUUACAAGGGUAAGGAGCUGUCUCGCCGACUCGAGGAACGGGCACUCGAGGCCGAGGCAGACUCGCGGGAUCGUUGCGCCGAACGUCAGGAGCUCCAGCGUCUACGCGACAAAUUAUACGCGGAUACCUCCAAUCCGGAUCCUGCCGCGGAAUUUGAAAGGUUGAAAGCCGAAAGGGAGGAACAGUAUAAGCCUAAACCAGUGAUAACUAUAAUUGACGAAGAGGAUGACAAGGUGGUGAAGAAAGAUAAGGAAGUAAUGCCGCCGAUAGAAACCGAGCCAAUAGAGAGCGACAGUGAUGGUGUGCAGUUUGACGACGUUUCUCAGCCAGAAGCACCAUCCAGAACGCCACCGCGACAUCAUCAUCAUCAUCGUCGGCAUCAUAGACACCAUCAAAAUCACCAUCGCGACGGCGAGGAGAAUCAAGAGGGACUAGCGGAUGCGGACCGAGAGAGUCUAAAAGAUGCACGGCCUUCACCAGGACAUCAAUCGGCCGCGACACCUGCUCAAUCCAUUCCACCAUCAUUAGACGAAGAUUCGCGCAUGUCUCUUGUCAGUGAGCCAGAAAAGACAAGCGGUACUUUCUUUCUUGAUGUAGGUAACUUUGUUCCAUUUGCUAUGGGAAGUGGAGGCAAUCGUGCCAGCGAUCACGCUAUAGGCGGUAAAACGCCGGUCAGUCCUAACACCACUGCUAAUACGAAUUCACAACAAGCGAAUCAAACGCGGAAAAAGGGUCGUAUCGAUGUUAAAGACGUGUUCAACAACGACGACGAUGACGAUGCCGCAAAUAACGCGAAAAAGCGUAAACUUGUACCUUUAGAUUAUGGAGACGAAAAGAAAAAGAAAUCCGAGGAAGCUACAAAGGCAGGGAAGGAAGAAAAUACAAAGAGUCAAGAAGAAAAGCGAAAGCACAUAAAAUCUCUUAUAGACAAAAUACCUACCGAUAAGAAUGCAUUGUUUGGUUAUCAACUCGAUUGGACACUCAUUGAUAACACGUUGAUGGAGAAGAGGAUAAGACCUUGGAUCAAUAAAAAGAUUAUCGAAUAUAUUGGCGAACCCGAACCUACUCUAGUGGAUUUUAUUUGUAGCAAAGUAAUGGCAGGCAGUUCUCCUCAGGGAAUACUAGACGAUGUACAGAUGGUAUUGGACGAAGAAGCGGAAGUGUUUGUAGUCAAAAUGUGGAGGUUACUAAUUUAUGAAGUAGAAGCUAAGAAAAUGGGCUUAGUAAAGUAAUUGGAGUGUCGUCCGUAAAUUUAUCAACUCAUGAUUUAUACUACACAUAAAAUUCUCUCGACUAAGCAUAAGGAAAUGUUUAAAUACUACAUAAUGCAGUUUAAUAUUACAUUAUUAAAUAGGAAAUUUGUCCUAUACAAGUGAAAGCACAAGUUGCUCGAUUAAUAGGUGGUAUUAAGUGUGUAGUAAUUAUAGCGUUAAAUAAACUUGUAAUUACGAUUUAUAACAUUUAGUGUUUUCCUCAAUUUAUAUAAGACUGUCGUCGAACGUAAAUGAUGACAUUCCUACAUGACAAAACUGGACAUAUUAGUACCUUGAUACGCAGAUAUUUUGAUUAAUGUUAAAUUUAUUAUUGUAUAUGACAAUCGUUUCCAUAUUAGGUAUAGAAAACUCAAUGUCGGAGCCGUGUGAAGGUAUUAUUAAUAAUCGGCAACCUCGUGACCAAAAGAAAUUCACUAUUAUUUCUCUUAGUUUUUAAUAAAUAAUUUAUAAAAAUAAAUAUUUCGGAACAAAAAUUAUUGUAAUGUUAAAUUUGCUAUAAAUGAAAAAUGUUUUCAAACACUUAUUUCUGGUUAGUUUUUCAGUGUAUACAUUGAAAAGUUACAAGAGAACUACGUUAAAACAUUUUCUAUAAUUUUUCAUUGUAUACAUUGAAAAAUGAUAGAAAAUUAUAUCACGAGGAUAUGUGUACGCGUUGCACGAUUUUAAUACAGAAAUUUUAGUCAAUAUUGAAAAUAUUAUCAUACUUUUUUUUUAAUGUUACAGUCUUUCAAGUAUAUGUAUUAGAACUGAACAAUGCACUCGAAUGCUUUGGUAUGUGAAAUUGCACUGAUCGUGGGCGUGUUUAUUGUAUUUAAAUAAAUAUUCAUACGUGGCGUAUGUGUGUUGUAUAGGCAUAAUUUUACUUUAGUGUAGAUAACUAAAACAACUUUUUAAUAAAUAACAUUUUUGAAAUUGA